AAGCAUCCAAGCCAGCCUUGGAUUGACGGCGUCCAUCCGGGAGGGAGGGAGGGGAAUGGGGUUCGUGCUGGUGAUCUCGCUGCCCUUCAUAUUCUUCACCAUCCUGCUCGGCUUCGGCUGCUACUUCCUCGGCAAGCACAAGGGCCGCGAGGAGAUGCGCGCCGGCGUCGGGGCCCAGAUCUACGGCACGCCCCUGCCGCCGCCCGGCGUCGCCGGGCAGUCCCCGGGGCCGUACCCGGCACCGCUGAAGAAGGAAGGCCCCGACGCCGUCUGAUCGGUCGAGCUCCCUCCUCCUCCUUAGCUGGAGCGUUGGUGUUGUUUGUUUACUGGGUUUGGUUAUACCGUGUACAUGGAGUAAUUUGUUGCUCGUUUCUUGUGUGAUGCUUACUGUGAAGGGUGGUUGAUCCGGUGUGAUGAUUUGUGAUCACAGUUGCGUCUCUAUGAGAUGCGCAAAUCGAUGUAAUGAAUUACUACAUGAAUAUUAGUUUGUGAUAAUCAAUCAA